AAUCGAAUGAGCUAUAGAAACUUUAUGUUUUUCAAUGUUGGGCUUCAAUGGGGGGCUAUCUUCACACAGGUCCGUUCGGUACUUUUAAUUUCCGCUAAUCAAGUCGCUCGUAUCAAUGAAUAAGCAACCGUUUACCCGUUUAGCGAUUAGUAUCAUUAUACUACAAGCUUCGCUAAGAAUCAGCGGAUUGUACACGAUUGUCGAAUGUCCGAUGGAAUUGCGAAAAGACAUCGCAGAAUACAGCAAGCCGAAGCCACUGCAAACAAGCUGCACGAUGCAGCUCUUGUGUCCGCCGUUACCGGAAGAUCUGACGAAAUAUGAGAAACGCGAUCAGGGUUAUCAGGUACACGAAGAUCCCGAUGCCGGAACGAUGUGCGAGAUGAAGCUCAAGAUCAAUAUUGUGAGAAACCUGAAUAGAAGUGAGAUAAAAGAGGAAAAUCCGUGCAUCGAGCUCGCACACCACGAACAUCCGGUGUUGUUGCCUCACUCGACUAAUUGUAGCUUGUUUUACAAAUGCGACUGGGGCGUGCCGAUGCUCUUCGAGUGCCCGGAGGAAUUGCACUUCAAUCCCGUUCUUCAAGUGUGCGACUGGGCCUGGCAGGCCAGGUGCGAUUCACCCUGGAACGAUUGCCCGCGACCCUUUCCACGAUGUCCGAUUCAUUACCCGGGCCCGCUGUUAUUACCGCAUCCCUUCCGGUGCGAUCGUUUUUAUCAGUGCAAUUGGGGAACGUCUCGAUUACAGGCGUGUCCCACAGGGCUUUAUUUCGACUCACGUCUCAAAAUGUGCGACUGGCCUUAUAAUUCUAAUUGUCAGAGUUGCUGAUGUCGUAAAAGGCGCGUCGUGUUAUAAAUUAAUUUUUAAAAACACAAAUUUAUACAAUAACAUAA